UAGAAAUUACAGUUUUCAAUUCUAUCCUCUUUCGUUCAUUGGCAUUACAGCGGAAUCAUUGUUGCCACUCGCUGUAAUCAGUAUUGUAAUUCCUACUUUUAAACUUCUUUUGAAAGAGCAUAAAUGUAAUUUCAAGAGACAGUCUUCGAUAGUUUAUCAUUUUUCUGUUUAUACCUGAAUAUUUAUCGCGAUGUAGCACGCCCAAGUAUACGUAGUUUGAAUUUGCUACACCGUUGUGUUCAUAUAGAUGACUAUACUGCCGCCGGUCGAUAAACAGCGAAACGCGGAACUGAAGAGCAUUGAGUUACAGGAACGUGGACCACUUGUAUCUCGAUACAGUAAUGCAGUAGUUCGAGAACAAUAUUUUUGGUCUAGAUCCGUUCAGUUGAUCACAACAUUGCUGGAUUAAUCGUGUCGGGCUAUUGUUGAUCACAGCAUUAGGUGUAUUAUGGUUCUCGAAUGAAUCUCCUCGAACGUACCGUCGAAGACUUUAAAGUGCAAGGGAACUGGUGCGAAGGACGAAAGUGUGAAAGCGUACGCUCACCGCUACUUACGCUGAGAAACAUAUCUUUUUACUGUUCUGAAAUGCGUGCGGAAGAUUCAUUCUCAUUACAUUCCGUGGGAAAUUAGAACCGACGGAUUACGGAGCCGAGUCGAACAUUCUCGAGUCGAUUAAUGUACGAGUACAGUGUAACUCUGUCGUUCGAACGAGCAGAUUUAUGACAAAUAGUAAAAGGAAGACUAGAAGACCAUUGAAGUUGCAGUAGAAUUUUUUUUUCUCUAUCGCGGAAACAUGUGAACUCGUAUGUCACGCCUAUUCACGACGUAUCUUACGCCUCGAACGAUCCAAACACGAUCCCUGUGGUCGAAUUUCUUCCAAUCGGGUGUGAACAAUAAAACUGUUCGCGAUACACCGACACGACAUUAAACAUACGUCCAAUGACAGUAAAUAGAAGUGACUCUCGACUUUCAAACUUACCUUUCGUUUCAGUGUGUUAAUAGUUAAUAUUGUUUUUCUCGCCACACAUGUGUUGAACUGUUUUGGGAAAGACUUGCAAUUCAUUGCAUUUUCCAUCGGCUAUGGUUGUAGCCAGUGGUGGGUGGGUACAAAAUGCCAGUUUUCCUACCGGUCAGAAUAAUUCCAACCUGAAUAUAAACGCCACGCAGAACAAUAAAAUGACAGCCAAAGGUGUCUUAAUCUGUCGCGAGAAUUCUCAUCCUUUCCAGGAACGUACAUUGACAUUGGAGCAGCCUGUAAAAAUCGGCCGGUCUGUAGCAAAAGCUACUGCUGCUCCCAACAAUGCAAUCUUUGAUUGUAAAGUAUUAUCUAGAAAUCAUGCGCUGUUGUGGUAUUCCAGUGGAAAGUUUUACUUGCAAGAUACACGCAGCAGUAAUGGUACAUUCGUUAACAACCAUAGACUCGGUGCUGCCGGUUUAGAAUCGGCACCUAAGGAGGUUUAUUCAGGUGAUAUAGUGCAAUUUGGAGUAGAUGUGAUGGAAAGUACAAAAAAGUUUAAGCAUGGAUGUAUAGUUGCAACACUGAGAUUAUAUUUACCUGAUGAAAAGGAAGCUAGCGUUAAUACGUCGAUUACAUCAGCAGUUAAUAAUGUAUCUCUUGAAGAUUUGUAUAAGUUGAACCAAGUAAUGCAAGAGGCUUCGAGACGAGAAAAAGCACUGCAGUCUAAGCUAGGAUAUCUUCAACAACUUGUAACAAAUACUCAAAAAGUGGCCAAUCAGUCAUGGCGAGCAUUAAUAGCAGAAGACAGACUGUUGUCCUGGGUAGAGACUAUUGAAAACCAAUUGAGCGUUUAUUCUAAGAAUUAUACAGAAGAUAAAAUCAGAAAUAAGUUAGUCAAGCUUUUGGAAGAGAAGGCAUUAUAUCAAAAUGCAGCAAAGGAAGAAUUACAAAAAAUAUUGCAAGAGAAAUUAGAGAUAUCUCAAAGGUUUGUUCAAUUACAAGAACGUUUAAAUGAAACAGAAGGAGAGUGUCAGAGCCUUCAUAAUCUAGGAAAGCAUACUCAAACGGAACUUCAGGUGCUAAGUAAAAAAUAUGCAGACGCACAGAAGAAACUUCAAGAAACCACAAACAAAUUGAAUGAGACUGAAGAAAAAAUGAAAGAUACGAUACAAAAUGUAGAACAAGAGAAACAAGAACUGUUAAAAAGACUCGAAGAUCAGUCUAGAAUUGAAAAGAAUCUACAAGCAAGGUUACGUAAUUCCAGAUUAGAUUCUGUUAAUAUUUAUAAACAGAUCACUGCCCUCAGAAAUUAUAUGCAGAUUCUGCAAGAUAUGAAUUCAAAAUCAGUUACAAGUGACAACUUGCAAGAGUCAAAGGAUGAAGAAAAUCCUAUCGAGGCCAUUAAUAUUAUUCUUAAUAAAUUAAAUUCUAUACAUGCGGAUAACAUGGAUAUAGAUAUGGAAUCUAGCUUUUGUCCUUUAAAAGAAGAACAGGAUAAUCAAAUUAAUUCUCAAGAUAUUGAUUCAAACCAACUAAAGAAUUCUGAUAUUUCCUUUUCAAAAGAAGAGUUAGAUGAUUCAUUGGCUAAUAAUGAUAAUGUAACAGAAUAUAUUUUACCACCACCUUCUCGAAAAACAUUGGUUAAUGGAAAUGUAAAUGUAGACAAUUCAGAUAUCAAUUCAGAAUCUGACACCAACUCAGAUGCAACAGAUGACGCAUGCAGUAUUACCAGUGAUGAUACAAGUGAGAAAUCCGUUAUAGAAGUAAAAACAGAAGAAUCUGGUUAUGUAGUAGCAGAAGAGAUUUUUGUACCUCAUAAAAUGGAAGUUCGAUUUGCUUGUGAAGAAAGUAGUAAACAGCCAGAGGCUUUGCAUCAGCUUCAGAUCACACCAAAAAUAAAGGAUAGCGAAGAAAGAGAAACUACCAUUGAAAGUACGAAUAGCACAAAAUCUUUGAGUGAAUCUGUUUCCAUAGAAAUUAAUCAACAUGAGAAGAAGGAUGAAGGAGACAAGGAUAGCAGUGAAAUAGAUGAAGAAUGCGAAACAGAACAUUUAGAGGGGGAUUAUGUGAAAACAUUGAAACCCAUGUCUAAAAAUGACGCACAGCAAAAUUUGUACACUAGAGAAUAUCUGUUACAAGCCUUAAUAGGAUCUUUGGAUUCCUUAAAACUGGAAGACGAUUUAGAGUCACAACAAGCAGUUAAAAAGGAGUUAGAAAAUCUCAAGGAUUGGUUAGUUAAUGAACCUUCUGAAGAAAUUAUAGAGAAAUUAAAGAAACUAUACUAUCGUGCCAAGAAUGAAUCUCAAAGAAUUCAAGAAUUGCAUGAGGAGUUAGUCAUUUUAAAGGAAAAGUAUAAUGCCUUUGUCGAAGAAAAGGCAGAGCUCUCGAAGAAGUAUACAGCACUUAGAGCACAAUGUGGCGAUUUAUUAAAUACAAGCUAUUCUGUACCGAUACAUUAUGUAGCUCCUAUUGCAAUUAUGUUAGUAUGGAUGCUGUUGCAAAAAAUAUUCUAAUAUUUUCUCUGGUAUCUGUACAUAUAACUUUCAUCAAUAACAUUGUAUUUCUUUUUUUAUCGGUAGUAUUAUGAUAAAAGCAUAAACAUCUAAAACAUAGUUUGUUAAAAGCUUUUAAGUAAGCGUAACAGAUGAACCAGAAGGUGUGUAGUUUCAAGAAGAAUUCGAACAUUUUUAUAUGAACAAAGUAUAUUAAGAAUUGUAUAUAUUUUUCCGAUACAGUUGUUGAAGCACCAAUUACAGAAAUCUUCUCUGACA